AUGAAGCCCCUUACCAUUGUUGUUGCAGCAUUUGCCGGCGUGACUGCCGCCCACUCGGUCCUCACUGUUCGACAAGGAGAUAACAAAGUGACCGCUGAGGAAAUCUGUGCUGAGUACCAGAAGAAAGUUCUCAUCAAGGAUCCAGAAUCCGAUGAGCAAAAGUAUUGCCCAUCUCUCGCAGAGAAAUGCAUUCAAGACCAGUCGAACAAAUCUGGAGGCUUCGACCAACCUAAAAAGGCCAAGGAGGAAAUCAAUCUCUGCACUUUUUCGGCCAUGCUUAACCUCCCAGAGCCGGCCAUUCUGAGUAUUUGCGACGAAAUCAAAAGCGCACCCAAGCUCUGCCACCCGCUUAUAAGUUUGUGCGUUAAGACUGAGGUUAUCAAUGCUAUUAGUAACAGCAGUCUUGACGAGAAGGAGAAACGCACAGCCAUGAGGGGUAUUCGCCCGUGUGUUACCUCCAUAAUCGAGAAUGGGGAUAAAAAUGAGACGACGGUCAAAUGCAAAAUGACGAGCCAGAAGGUGUUCCAAGUGCAGCUAUGA